AUGCCCUCGGAGAUGGCUCAGGCAUCUUCCAGAGCUUCCUCUGUUUGGCUCUCUCGUCUUUUCCAGCGUCAUCGCAUUCUUUGCGUUCCAAGUUUCAGUGGGAUUACAUUUAAGGCCAUCACGACUAUCGUCAAUGUCAGUAGCAGUCUGGUCUUCCGAUUGCUAGGUCAUGAUAGUGACCAGUCGCCUUAG